AAAGAUUUUAUCCUCGUCCGGCUACUGCAUCUCGAACUUUUUCGAGGUUGAUUUAUCUUCUUCACUGCCGUGUGAAGAUCAGAAAAUCGCAAUGUCUGUGACGGAGAAGAGAAAGCGUACAGUAGCGACGCAAAAUUCCAGCAAGAAACAGAAAACUACAGAGGCCUCUAAACAGGAUGGCAGCAAGCGUAUAAACGUCCGAGGUGAUUCACUGAAAUGGAAGACAGUGAACUUGCCUGGGAGAUUGGAGGAUGCAGAAGGCUUCUAUGGACUCGAAGAGAUUGAUGAUGUUGAAGUGGUCCGAGAUGAAAGUAACACCCAUGUAAUGUUUCUUCCAAAGUCGGACGCAGACGUGGUACAGGAAAAUGACGCCGAGGCCGGAGGCGAAGAAUGGGGAGGCUUUGAGGACGAGGAGGUUCAAGCCACAGACCCCCCUCAGACUGUUAAGAACGUGAAAGAUACGUCGACCUCAGCUAAGGCCUCGAAACAGAAAGAUGCAAAGCCAGGACACGGCUCGAAACUGGCUUCCGCUGAUGGUAUUGAGUCUGGGUUGACUUUCGACAUGUUGUCCGAUACGGCGGAUGAUAAUCAGACAGACGUCUCACUUUGGAACGAUCUCGAUCUAUCACCGACAACUCUCUCACAGCUUGCUCGACUGGGCUUCGGACGACCUACGCCCAUACAAGCCGCGGCUAUCCCAGCGAUCAAGCAAGGCCACGAUGUCAUCGGCAAAGCUGUGACAGGGUCUGGUAAGACACUUGCCUUCGGACUACCGCUAUUCGAAAGUUGGCUCGCCAAAGAGAGUGUCCCAUCCAAUGGCACGAUGAAGACUAAGGGCCCUAUCCUCGCUCUUGUCCUUGCGCCCACCAGAGAACUUGCCCUACAAAUCAACAGACAUCUCAAUGAAUUGUGUAUCGGUCUAGAAAAUCAUCCUAGGAUUGCUGCUGUAACCGGAGGCUUGUCAAUAUACAAACAGCAGCGACAAUUGGAAUCUGCAGACAUUGUGAUAGCGACUCCUGGACGGUUAUGGGAGGUCAUGAACGACACCACCACAAAUAAUGAUACAGAUGCCUUAUUGGACCGGCUGAAGAAGGUCCAAUUUCUGGUGGUUGACGAGGCAGAUCGAUUGCUAAGUGAGGGGCACUUUAAGGAAGUCGAAGACAUCCUUGAUGCCCUGGACCGAGAAGUGGUUGAUGAGGAUGGGGAGGGGGAGGGAUCUUCAGAUCGUCCCAAAUCACAGCGACAGACUCUAGUCUUCUCUGCCACAUUCCACAAAGGUCUGCAGCAGAAGCUCACAGCCAAACCCAAGCAUGGGAGUCGUACGAAGAACGACUUGCUUGACAAUCAGCAGUCCAUGGAGUACCUUCUUAAAAAGCUCGCAUUCCGCGAAGCCAAGCCUACAUUCGUCGACGUGAAUCCUACAACUCAGAUGGCAUCCGCGUUGUCCGAGUCUAUUGUGGAGUGUGCUGCAAUGAAGAAGGAUUUGUAUCUUUACACCCUACUACUGCAAAACACGACUGCGAAGACGCUGGUGUUCACAAACAGUAUCUCCGCAGUAAGAAGACUGGUUGCGCUUCUUCAGACCCUGAAACAGCCUGCGGUUGGCCUGCAUUCAACGAUGCCUCAGAAAUCACGACUGCGUUCGUUGGAGAAAUUUGCUGGUCAACGGACCAUUUUGGUGGCUACUGAUGUUGCAGCCCGUGGGCUUGAUAUCAAGGGCGUUGAUUUGAUCAUUCACUACCAUGUUCCGCGGACUGCAGACAUGUAUGUACAUCGAUCUGGUCGAACCGCACGAGCCGAAAGCUCUGGACGUUCCAUUCUGCUUUGUUCGCCCGACGAGGUCGCUGGAGUUACCCGACUGAUAGUCGAAGUGCACAAGACGGAUAAGACGCCUGAGAUUGUUCAAGUAGAUGGGCGGCUCAUGAAGAGACUUCAAGCCCGUGUGAGCCUGGCACACAAGAUCACUGAUUCGACGAUUUCGAGAGAGAAAACUGCCAGCAAGGACGGGUGGCUGCGGUCGGCAGCCGAGGAACUGGGGGUGGACUAUGACAGCGAUGAGUUUGAAAGCCAAGGUCAACGAGGCAAACGAGGCAGAGGUGGUGGAAAAGCAUUGAGGGAGAAGGAAAAAGCCGCUGUUGCCAAGGACCAGGUUUCGCAGUGGCGAUCAGAAUUGGAUGGUCUGUUGGACAAGCGCAUCAACUUGGGCGUCAGUGAGAGGUAUCUUGCUGGUGGCAGAGUUGAUGUGGAUGCUCUGCUGGAUGGAAGGAUUGAUGGAGCUUUUCUGGAGGGUCGUUGAAUUGAUCGAAAGCCGAGCUAUGUCCUAGACAACCAACGGAGUGCCACUCGAAAGCUUGCCCGUCAGCUGAAGUCAUCUCCGGCUGCCAAACAAAGACGAUACAUGCCAGUUGUCCGUGCUGCACCUGCUGCAGCCGAACAUAGCCUGGACUAGGGGAAACGGACGUCGUGCAGUACUGCAGGAAGCUGCUUUUUUGGCAGAACAUCCGCAUCUACUCCAUUCCAGCUCGAUGUUCACGCACUCUCUCGUUGAUAUUCCGCAUCAGUAUCCUUACCGAA